UCCGGGUCGACCCCACCUCGGGGCCCGGGGGUGGGCCUAGGAGAAGUAGGAGCGCUGCUCGCUCUUGGCGCUCGGCUGCAAACUCCGGCCGAGUUGGGGAGCUCUCAGCAGAACUUGGGGGAUGCUGCGGGGUACCUCGUCCGAGGCGGACGAGGGAGCACCCUCCAGACUUCAGGGAUCUCUCGGAGCCCCUUCUCCCCUCCGGAUCUACCUCCGGCCCAUUUACAGCUGCAGCGCCAAGCGUAGGCGCCGAGGCUGCGGUGAUGCUGGAUGAAAAUAACCAUCUAAUUCAGUGUAUAAUGGACUAUCAGAAUAAAGGAAAGACCUCAGAGUGUUCUCAGUAUCAACAGAUGUUGCAUACCAACUUGGUCUACCUUGCUACAAUAGCAGAUUCUAAUCAGAACAUGCAGUCUCUCUUACCAGCACCACCCACACAGAAUAUGCCUAUGGGUCCCGGAGGGAUGAGUCCGAGCGGCCCUCCCCCACCUCCGCGCGCUCACAACAUGCCCUCAGAUGGAAUGGUAGGUGGGGGUCCUCCGGCACCACACAUGCAGAACCAGAUGAACGGCCAGAUGCCUGGGCCCAACCAUAUGCCUAUGCAGGGACCUGGGCCCAAUCAACUUAAUAUGACAAACAGUUCCAUGAACAUGCCUUCAAGUAGCCAUGGGUCCAUGGGAGGUUACAACCAUUCCGUGCCGUCAUCCCAGAGCAUGCCAGUGCAGAACCAGAUGACCAUGAGUCAAGGGCAGCCCAUGGGAAACUAUGGCCCCAGACCAAAUAUGAGUAUGCAACCAAACCAAGGUCCAGUGAUGCACCAGCAGCCUCCUUCUCAACAGUACAACAUGCCCCAGGGAGGUGGGCAGCAUUACCAAGGCCAGCAGCCACCAAUGGGGAUGAUGAGUCAAGUUAACCAAGGCAAUCAUAUGCUGGGUCAGAGGCAGAUCCCCCCCUAUAGACCACCUCAACAGGGUCCACCGCAGCAGUACUCAGGCCAGGAAGACUACUACGGGGACCAGUACAGUCACGGUGGACAAGGCCCUCCAGAAGGCAUGAGCCAGCAGUAUUACCCUGAUGGUCAUAAUGAUUACGGUUAUCAGCAACCGUCGUAUCCUGAACAAGGCUACGAUAGGCCUUAUGAGGAUUCCUCACAACAUUACUACGAAGGAGGAAAUUCACAGUAUGGCCAACAGCAAGAUGCCUACCAAGGACCACCUCCCCAACAGGGCUACCCACCCCAGCAGCAGUACCCAGGGCAGCAAGGCUACCCAGGACAGCAGCAGGGCUAUGGUCCUUCACAGGGCGGCCCAGGUCCUCAGUAUCCUAACUACGCACAGGGACAAGGUCAGCAGUAUGGGGCUUACAGACCGGCGCAGCCUGGACCCCCACAGCCACCGCAGCAGAGGCCUUAUGGGUACGACCAGGGGCAGUAUGGAAACUACCAGCAGUGAAAAGUACUUCCAUUCCAGUAGCCAGGAUCUACUAGCAGCCAUAUUGUCGCCUCAGCACUGUGGACACCUUCCUUUGAAGAGACCCUUCCAUUCCAUCUAGUUUUUGGAAAAACCUUGUGGAUAAGCGGCUGUUUCAUCCGUAAGCAGCCUGUGUGGCUUAGUUAUAAAAAGGCUUUAGUAGCUCAAAAAUACUCUUGAUUUCACAUGUCUACUCUAGAUGGCAACAUUGGACAGAAAAUACAAUGACAUACCCAAUUUGCAAUGAUUUCGGAACUGCGUUUCAAACGGACUGUUACAGACUGAAAGGUGUGAACAGCAUUGUAUGUUUAUGAAGGUUAAGGGAAUUUAAUACUUUUCCAUAGAUUCUUUUGUAAGGGGAAGAGGGAAAUGUACACUUUUUACAGCAGCAAUAUUUUGUAUAUUAUGUUUAUUUCAUGUGGUGAAUCUGCAAGGCGGUACACUACACGCUGGACAGGAUCAGAAAUCCUCUGUUAUGGGGACGGGAGCACGUUGGAUGCUUGAUUGUGCUAGUCUGAAAAUGGUGUUCUGUGAAGCUAAAGGUGAGGGGGAAGACAAAGCUCCCAUACGUCCACUACUAGGUUCUCCAGGGGACAUUCAGACCCCUUUUCUCUCAGCUAAUCAGGGGCACUGUGGUACAGUUUUGAGUAAAAAGACAUUUUUUAAAAAAGCUUUCCAGUUUUGUGGACAAAAACCUUUUUUAUAAAAGAUCAUUUAUAAUUCUGUUUUAAAAUGUGAGGCAAUAAGAAUUACUUCGUGUGGGAUCUGAAGAAUCUUGGUUAACAGUUUGCAUGUAAGUCCUCUCCUAAAACAGCAAUAACUGAACAUGAAAGUUUUGAUUUUACCUUGUUUGAGUAAUCACUAGUAAAUAAUAUCAGAACAUUUUAUAAAUGAUAUCAAAGAAGAGUCAACAAUGAUGUAUUUUAUUUUUUAACAUGAGAAGGAUAAUUGGUUUCUAUAAUAAGAAUAGUUCAGAAGACUUUAUAAACCUUCCUUUCAACUUUUCUUGACUGGAAAUAAUGCCAUUUAUAAAGGAGUACUUUUACGUUUCCCCCUUUUUUAUGUUGGUUAAUAGAACAUAGAGAUGUUUAGGAAAAUGCUUGCUGAUGAGGUUUAUUCUGAUCUAUAUUAAAAGCAUAGAGGUUGCAUUUCAGAUCACUCUGUUUAGCAUGGUCUGUUUAAUCAUAUUUGAGACUGUCCUGUGCCUGAUUGUUUGAGCUGAGUUCAGGGAUUUUGCAGUUGGGCAGGAAAUCAUGCAUUGAGAAGUUUAUAACCACAAUUCUUUAAGCGUAAUCUGAAAACAUCUAGCCCAAAGGUAAGUUGCUAUUUUCAUCACAGUUGCCUGUGCCCAGGGAAUAAGGUAUAUUCUUUAUAAUUGGAUUGUUUUUUCCCACUUACAACUGGAAACAAAACAGAAGGGGUGCCAUAAAUUUGAAAAAGCAAAAUGUACUGUUCUCAACAUACUGUAACCAAAAGGAGAAAUUUUAAUGUGUCUCUGUAUGAAAGAGAGAGUGUGUGUGUUUUAAGGUCUGAAUAAGGCUGUUUUCAACAUGGUCAGUAGAAAAUGGACAUCAAGUUUUAACAGAUAAAGCAUGGACAGCCUUAUUGUGACUGAAAUGCUUUUAGGUUCUGUGCCAAUUUUCCACCACUGUGUACUUUGUUGCUAUUUAAAACUGUAUCAACUCUAACAGAAGAAUAAAUUAUUUGUGAUUUUAA